UGAGCUGUGAUUGGACGGAAGGUCCGGUGCUGCAGUGAAGGCUGUCCGCUGCUCGGUCACCGUCACGUAUAAAUACCGUGACACCGGACCGGUGAGUUCCACACUAAUAUCACGGAGUUCACGUUUUACCUCCCGGAAGUCACCGUAACACACAGGAUGCCAGGAUCCGCCUCGAUCAGCUGUUUGGGACCGUGGCCCAAAGAUGUAGGCAUCAUGGCCUUGGAGCUGUACUUCCCGUCUCAGUACGUGGACCAGGCGGAGCUUGAGCAGUUUGAUGGCGUGGCGGCGGGUAAAUACACGGUGGGACUGGGUCAGGCUCGAAUGGGUUUCUGCUCAGACUGCGAGGACAUCAACUCGCUGUGCCUGACGGUGGUGCAGAGGCUGAUGGAGAAGAACAACCUGUCCUACGACAGCGUGGGCCGGCUCGAGGUCGGCACAGAAACCAUCAUUGACAAAUCCAAGUCGGUGAAGACGGUCAUCAUGCAGCUGUUCGAGGACUCGGGGAACACGGACGUGGAGGGAAUCGACACCACCAACGCCUGCUACGGAGGCACCGCCGCACUCUUCAACGCCGUCAACUGGGUGGAGUCCAGCUCCUGGGACGGUCGCUAUGCGUUGGUGGUGGCGGGAGACAUCGCCGUAUACGCCACAGGAAGUGCUCGGCCUACUGGGGGCGCAGGAGCGGUGGCCAUGCUGGUCGGUCCGAACGCUCCGCUGGCCUUUGAGCGAGGUCUGAGAGGAACCCACAUGCAGCACGCGUACGACUUCUACAAACCGGACCUGGUCUCUGAGUACCCCGUGGUGGACGGGAAGCUCUCCAUAGAGUGCUACCUGAGCGCUCUGGACCGCUGCUACUCCGUGUACUGCAGUAAGAUCCAGGCUCAGUGGCAGAGAGACGGCGUGGAGAAGCUGUUCAGCCUGGAGGACUUCGGCUUCCUGCUCUUUCACUCUCCGUACUGUAAGCUCGUUCAGAAGUCUUUAGCUCGCCUCAUGCUCAACGACUUCCUGAGUCACCCGAGUCCCAACAUGCAGAGCGGCGCCUUCACAGGACUCGAGGCCUUCAG